AUGGAUGCUUUCGCCGUCCCGCGGCGGCUGUUCACAGGUCAUAAACGCCGCGCUGAAGCUUUUCGUGAUGACAACUUUACGUUUUUUACUGCUGAUGACUUCAAUACGUUCUCCAUUCGUGGGGAUAGUCACGAAUCGCGUUUCUAUGGUGAGCUAGAGACUUGUCGACGGACACUUGUCACCACAACAUCCAAAUUAUCCAAUCGGCCUCAAGAUAGUUCUAGUUUUAUCAAAAUCAAGAAAGAAUCCAAGCAUUUGGUGCAGCUGCUCGUCGAGUUGGUGGAGACCCAUCGGAUUCAAGUACCGAAAAAGCGGGCCGAAUUGGAUAAUGCCUAUCGACGAAUAUCGGGAUUUUCUGUGGCUGAACAAGAACGAUAUAUGAUGCUGCAACGCAAGGUUUUUCUAGCUCAACAGCGAGGAUUGCCUGAAGUGCUCGCGUUGUCGCAGGAUGAAGCGAAAGGGUGGCGAAAGAUCAAAGCAGAGGUUGCAAUUGAGCAAGUAGCUUUUUGUCGGAUGAUGGCACGAGCUUUGGCUCCAGAAGCUGCAGUGAAAGAGGCUUUUGUGCCGCCAUUUGCUGCGUCGUGGUAUGCUGCGAUGCUGAUGCAGUGCUGGAACGACAUUUAUCGGCUGUACCCACGGUGGUUUGAGCCGUGUCUAACUGUACGGUUGCCAAGUGGUCGCGUCUCGAAUGACUUCGAGUGUGCCGCGAUCAAGGCAAAGGAAGUUGCUGCACGCGGCUCGUGUUGCACGAUUGACUUAACGAAACUAGUUGCUGGCCAGCCGCUGAAUAGCACACCGGACGAGAGCGAAGGCCUUGACGUAGCAGUACCGCGUCAGGUCAUCUCCGCUGACCCGCAAGCGUACCAGUUGGUCGAGAGAUUCGACUGUGACAUAGCCAUCUCGUCGUCCACGUUGGUCACACUUUUUGACAGUGAUACGUCAUCCCGCUUUUCCCAUGUGCCCGCAGAAUGGGGCAUUCCUAUGAAAAUCCGAGCAAGCGUUUGCAAAAGUACCGGGGCGCCGAAGAAGCGUGUUUUUCUAGACCGUCCACUGCCAGGAAGUAAUCCAGGGACGCGAGAGAAAGUAGCAGAAGCGGGCCGGGCUGCAUUACUGUCACGCUUUGAGGAUGAAUCGGUUCUUGACGGAUCCACCGGCGGCCGAACGGCAUACCAUAUUUGGCAGCUGAACGAUAGACGGAUUCUCGUGCGCAGCGUGACACAAGUGAGCGUAUUAGUAUCCUCCGUCUCAGGCGGCGUAUCACCGUCUGUGACUGCACCGCAAGAUGAUCGACCCAAGGAGAAAGCGGUCACGCCGCUAAGCGUGUUCGUAAAGCCAGACUACCAUUUGCUUGGUGUCGAAGAACAGCUGACAACGAGUGAACGGUGUCGUUUCUGGCUGCAUUCGUGGCUUCGUGGUGGUUCACCAGUACUUGUCGCCCGGGUGAACCCCAUGAAAGGUGUUGUCAGCUCAUGGCAAACGUAUUCACCGGAAUCUCUCAUCUACGGCGACAAGAGUCAGCAAUAUCUUCCACUCGAGUGUUUUGACCCGUCAGCAAAAUUCAUGUGGUUAUCUCUGUUGUUUGCCAGAUUAGGCGAUCUACCAGUUGGAAAGUAUCUCCUGAAGCCACAAGAUACUAUCGGUCCAAGUACAUUUGGUCGACGACGCGGUGGUGUGCAGGUGCUCAUGGCGACAGCAAAUUCUGGAUCGGAAGAAACACCAGUGGUUGACUUGUAUAGCUUUAUGCCAAAAUCAACGACGGGUGAUGACAAUGGUGACGAUGAUGGAGCAGUAGCUGCAAUUUCCACGGUAUCGAGGUCGAAGCCUAUUUUCUCGACACUACCGGCGUGGAAUCGAUAUGACCGGAUUCCGUACACGUACCAAACCGGUAUGUACUGCGUCCCGUUUUUCCUCGAAGGACGUUGCCCGAACGUUUUUAAGGACACUCACUGUGGCUAUCUGCACCUCCGGUUAGCGAAACAAAGUCCAAGAAGUACCAUGCACCAGGCCAAGUCAAAGCGAAUGUGCUUUGAUAACUACACGAAAGUAUUGAAGAAAGCCACGACACGCAACCAGUUUGAACUGCUGAACCAGCCCCAGCGGGUGAUACUGAAUUACGCAUUUUGCGGCGAAGAGACCGUCCGAGAAUUUGAAAAGGUUACUACUAUUGCCAGUCUGUCCGCUUCGAUACAUUGCUCCAAGAUCCAGUCCGAGUGCAAAUUGCCGCACUUGACACUCCACCAGGUCCUCGAACGUCUUGCAGAUGAUCUUCUACGCAAAGGACGAGGCAAACGUCGCGCUGAAAAAACCGUCAAUCGCCAUCAACACUCAGCUGUCUAA